AUGUCUACCCUGGUAGACAUUGACCACCCAAGCGUAUACGCCCCACCGGUCCAGCCUUGCCGACCUCAAUCUGACGCGAUCAAUACGGCUCUUCGGACUGUCCUUUUCGUUGGUGGGGCCACUGUUGAUGAUCCUUCUUCUUGGUUCUACGUCCCAGACUUGACCCUCAGCAUUCUGACACAUGCUGCCAGAAACACGCUUGGCGCUAGGAAUACACUUCUCUAUGCACAUAACGAACCACUUGAACAGCAUGACCCACCACCCUUAUCGAAAGUAUCUCUACCUCCUCCCACUUGUCUCCGGCUUCAGAUCAACGCGAAUGAUACCAUGAGAUGCAGAAACCUCCUCGCGGAUCUACAUAUCUUCACAGCGAUUGGAUGUAUCUUAACUGACGAUAUUAAAGCUCUCUUUUAA